AUGACAGGCACGUCGCAACAAACGCGUACGCAACGCGGAGCGCUCAUCGUGGUGGAGGGACUCGACCGCGCCGGCAAAUCAAGCCAAUGCGAGAUGCUACAGACCUACCUCAAGGAGCAAGGGCACAGUGUGAAAUACAUUCGAUUUCCAGACAGGACCACGCCCAUCGGAAAGCUCAUAGAUAGCUAUUUACGCGGCUCAGCCAACCAAGAAGAUCACGCCAUCCAUCUCCUAUUCUCUGCAAACCGCUGGGAAAUUGCCAAGAGCAUCGAAGAAGAUAUCAAUAGCGGAAUCACCGUCAUCGUGGACCGCUACUCAUACUCGGGGGCCGUUUAUUCCGCUGCCAAGGCCAACCCCACGCUCUCGCUAGAGUGGGCCUGGCAGCCCGAGCUCGGUCUCCCCCGUCCGGAUAUUUGCUUGUUCCUCAGUAUUUCGGCUGAAGAAGCUGCCAAGCGUGGCGGCUAUGGGGCGGAGAGAUAUGAGAAUGAGACUAUGCAGACUCGCGUGCGGGAGCUCUUCCGCACGCUGUUUGAACGCCAGAAGGACGUUUAUGUUGUCGAUGCGGGAAAGACACUGACGGAGGUAUCGAAGGAUAUCCAGAAUGCCGUCUUAAAUUGCCUUGCGUGUCUUGAUACGAUUGGAUCAUUGAGGAAGCUGGGGCCGCUCGCCAAGUAG